AUGGAAAAUGCAGAAGAAAUAUUUCAUUUUCUAGAAGAAUUUUCCAAACGUAAAACUAAGAAUAUUCCUCAAGAGCUAAAUGACUAUUUGGCGUACGUAGCGCGCACCGGUGAUCCAGUGUACCAAUGGACUCUCGUGAAAUGUUUAUUCAAAGAAAAACUUUUGAACGUGAUUACAGAUUUUUACGAAACCACACCUGGCAUCGAUAUUCCACCAUAUCCGAAUGUGGAUCCAUUUAAUUACGACAUCAUGAAAAACAGUUUGCUAGAACGUCUGGAUUCCUUUACAUCAGCACCUUUCACAGUUCAACGAAUAUGUGAACUUUUAACAUAUCCUCGUAAGCAGUAUAACAGAGUAGACAAAUUUAUGAGAGCUAUAGAAAAGAACAUUCUGGUUGUGAGCACCAGGGAGCCUGGGAUUCAACGUCACAUAGAAGCAGAAAACGGUGAACCAAUGGAACCCAUAGUAAAUGGCUCUGACAACAACUCUGAAUACAAUGUAGACGUUGAAAUGGAAGAUAUGUCAUGGAAAGAAAACUCAGAACCCCAACAAAGCUCUGAACCUCAACCAAGUUCUUCUGAUACCCAUAUUUCAGUUGAUGAUAUUGAAGCAAGACUGAAAGCCAAGCAAGAUGCUCCAAUGGACAUACAAGAUAAAGUGUCUACUCAGUAUGAAUCUGUAACUCCCCCGGAGCUAAAUAUAACAUCUGAUGAACCUGUAGUAGAAACAAAAUCAGAAUCUGUAACAACCCAACAAGCGACUACUUCGGUAACAGAAGACAAUAAGAUAGAAACUACAGAUACACCUGAGGCAUCUGAUAAACCAAAAAUGGAUGUAGACAUGAAAACUGAAGAUGCUUGUGAAACCCAAGGAUUAGUAAUUCCAGAAAUUAAAGUAGAUGAUGCUGAAAUGACUGAGCAGAGAUUAAAUGAACAAACUAAUACAAUAAAAGCAGAAGAAGAAAUUGCAGAAAAGGCACCUGUCACUGAAAGUAAAACUAAUUUGGAAGAUCAGCAAACUAGUAUUGAUGAAAGCAGCUCGGAUUCCAAUUCAAAAGAAGAGUCGGACAAUAAGGUUGUAUCAGAUGUUCCGACUUCAAGUGAAGAAAGCUCAUCAUCUAGUGAUAACACUGAUGGAAAUAGUAAUUCACCCAAGGCAAUAGAGAGUCAUUGUGAUAUACCAGAAGAGUCCAGUCAGUCUGACUCCAACAUGGAAGAAGAAAAAGAGGAGAAACAACCAGACCCAGUAGAAAAUGUUACAGCACCCGAAGAGCAAGAUGUUCCAACACCCACCAUUCAAAACGACAACUAUUCUAUAAGUGAUGUUCAAUCAGAAUUACCGCAACCAGUUGAUGAAAAUCCUCCCAAGGAGCAGGAAGCAGCGACUUCACAGGAGACCUUAUCUACUCCUGAUGUAGAAAAGAAGGAAGAACAAGUAACUACAGAAGAUGCCAAAGCUCCAGAAGUAGAACCAGAGGAAAAAGGAUCAUAA